UCCGUCAUUCCGAUCAAUAUGAAUUUUGUAAUUUUUACUCAUUUUUUGGUAUAAAAUUGGAGUUUCCCGGGAUCAUCAAUGCAUAUACUGUAAUUGUACGCAAGCAUUUUUUAUUCCAUGCAUUCAAUAUUAUACGACGAAAGGUUCGUAUUACGAAAAUGGUAAUUCUGUCGGUAAUACAGACCUGCUACGGGAUCCUCUUAAUUGCGUUUCGGUGACGUUCCGUCGCACGCUUCCGCGCCACAUUUCGAAUUCAAUCGCGCCUCGCCAUAUUGGCCGCCCGCGCGCGGACCACGUGACCAGCGCCACCGGAGAUGCCGCCAAAACGCACGAAAGUCGUCUGCUGUGCCGAGGCCGCGUGGACGGCCCGACGGCGCGUCUCCUCCCUCGCUGUCUCGGGAUCGCUUAAAUGCAGUUUACGCGUCAGCGACGACGAUUGAGACGCGAAUUUGCCAGCCGCUGCAACUACCAUCGCAAGUACGAGCGCGACAAGCUUAUUAUUCAUCAACGUGUAUGGCUACUUCAAUGCAAUGUGCAUACAAUUUUCAGGACAAACUUGCUGACGCGCCAACGAUUCGGCAGGAAUUUCACCGAUGGAUCUCGACGCUGCCUUCGACUGCAGCGGCAGGGUGAACGUCAACGACUGGCAGCUGAGCAGGGACGGGCUGUUCCGUCGCAGGGAGGUGGACAAUGCGCUCUUCCCGCAGACCGACUACCCCUUCUCCCAUGUGGAAGUCAAGCUGUUCGACUGCGCCAUGCCCGGUGCGGUUGCCGUGAUGAAUCUCGGGCAUCUGAUCAAUUGCAUGGAGAUGCAGCUGAAAAUACUGAACAGGCAGGAGAGACCAGUCGCGAUGUCCGGAUUGUGCAGCAACGAUAGUGUCGAUUACUUUGCUCCGCGGAGGAUGAUUUGCGAAUUUAUUAUAUACUUCCGUGCGUACAUGAACAGCAUAAAGUGGGAUCUUGGCGCGCUGGAAGUAGUGAUGCCCGAAAUCGGCAAAGAUGUGGAUACUCUGUUCGACUGUGUCAAGCACUUCCUCAGUACGCUACACAGCAUCCCGGAUUCGACCCUGCAUUACGCUGCUUCUAACAUAGGCAACAAGUGUAACCAGCCAGAGUUUCACCUGUACCACAUGCAUAUAGAGUUACGGUGGUACCUCGUCACGUUAAUGCAUUCGAGAACCACAGGGUACCACCAGUAUCACACGCAGCUGGAGGAGUUUGAACACACCACCGAAGUGGCCGUCAACGAUCUCCUGUAUUCUGCCUUGAAAAUAUUUGAAAGGCUGGCCUUAAGUUGGACCGUGGAUCUCGCGCAGAAAACGCCGUACUUCUGCACGUGCACGCGAGAAUUGUGGCUCAUGUUUCAAAUACUUGUCGACAGCUUAGGAGAGAGGAAGAAAACUAAGAUGUUUUGGGACCUCGUAAAUAGUUGUAUCGAUAGAGUGCUGAAUAAGAAUCAGUCCGAGACGAUAUUCUGGUACAAAAGCGUUGACUCCUCGCUGCCAGAUUGUAAGAAUCCCGAAUUGUUUUGCAUCUGGAUAAUCUACCAUCUGUCUCUCUUGUACGGAUACAGUGACGAUGGCGUAUACCUGCAGUCUAAUUGUCCAAGGAUUAGAUCGAACUGCGGGCAGAUUGAGAAGGUUCUGAAGACGUACGUGUGUAAAGGUGGAAAGGACGGUGAGAGGGAUGAGCUUGAUGUAGAGCUCAAGAUUAUAAUACCGUUGUUGCACGAUCUUAUUAUUAAUUGGUGGCAACCGCGUGUGCCAAUUAUAUCCUUUCUCUGGGACUGUUUUCACAAAAGAUUGGAUCAGCCAUUCCUGUCGCAGACUUCUGGGCCUUGGGCGCUGUCCUUCGAAAAUCCGAAUAUCUGUAGAAAGACAGCUGCGGAUAUUCUGAAGCAAAUUAAUGACAGAAUUUAUGGCAAGUUCGAACAUUCCAAGGAGUCCAGCUAUGGCAUGCUUUUGCAUCUGAUAGGUACGUUUUUAAACAAGUACGGCACGUUAGAUCCGAAAUAUUGGAAUCAAAUUAAGGGGCGUGUGUAUACAAAAUUCUCAAAGAACAAAGUCGCAGAGUUCUCCGAGAGUGGCCUCUACAACUUCAUAUCUUUGUUUAUCACUUUAGCUAUUACCGCGGAUAUUACGAACGUGUGUACAACAAUGCUAGAUCUCUUACCAUCUACGCAUGAAUUGAAUCACGAAUAUAACAAAAAGUGCAAUCUAAUCUGGAAAGGAAAACUAACGUGUCUUCUACUGUUCAAUGAAAGAAGAUUGUCUCUUGGCUCCAUAGUUGGACAUUUUAAAGAUACGAUCAACUUGAUAAGUUGUCGUAAAGAUGAAACAUCUCGCUCCAUGAUGACCAGUUUCGUUGAUGUAUUGAACACAAUUUUAUCUGGCAAUGAGAAAAUGGAUUUAGAAGAAUUCAAUUUCAUCGGUGGUUGGAUCGAUCGUUACCUUUUGGAGUGCCCAAAGAACAGAAUUGCAUUUUUAUUGGAAAUGCUCGCAAAUGUUUUCGAGAAAUGUAUCGUCCAGCAAGCCUCCUGUAACAAUUCGGAUGGCGCCAAGAAAAUGUUAGACGCACUGUGGUGCUAUGUCGCGUCCAGAGUUCGCCAACUCGUCUUCGAUCCUGUACUCAGCGGUGAUAAUUAUAAGAGUAUUUCCAAAUUAGCCGUCAUAUUUACUUUAGAAGCAGUCAGAGAACCAGCUACCGCUAAGAAGUACAAGCACUCGGCUAUAUCUUUAUUUCAGCAUUUUGCAGCGUCAAUAUUUGUGAAAGAUAUAAGAAUUACCCAGUAUUAUUUAACAGCGAUUCUCGAGAACGAGCAAGCUGUCCAAAACUUGAAAAAGGAAAUUCCAAAUUUCGAUACUACUGUCAUCCAAGCUUGGAUAAAAUGUUCCAUUAUUAGUUACGAUGUAAAGAAGGAAGACGUAAAGAUUCUGCAAGAUUACAUUGUCAAUCUCAGUGAGAUCAAAGAGAUAUUCGUGUCGGAGUGUGAUAUCUAUGACUUCAAGAACGGUAAAGAACCAAUCUUGACAUUUAUAAUGUCGUUCAUGAAGAAGCAAAAUACUUUGAAGUCCGAGCAAGAAAAGCUCCAGUACAAUGCAAAGUGCAAGUUGUAUUUCAAAAAUAUCGAGAAGUGGGUCAUGAUACCUAUAACGGAGGAAACAAAAGAUUCGAAGCUCGCAUUCUGGAUCUAUACAUGCCUAGGCACAUUGAUACUCUGCAUUUCCCCGACGCUAUACACUAAAAAUCAACCGAACGAUAUGUUAAGAACGCUCAUCAACAAAAUUAUGUUGGUAUCCGAGAACUCUACGCAGACGUACAUAAGGCAGUUGGGAAAGAGCAUAUUCUCAAUGGUGAUACUCGGUCUGGAGAAACUGAACGUCAAAAGCGACAUAUUGUUGCAAGCGAUGGUCAGAGAUCUCUUCGGUCAGUACCUGCCGAUUCUGAUAAUCGAAGUAAACGGCGGUUACAGCUUUGAGGUUUCCGAUGCGUUGCUAAAAUGCUUCAAGGAAGGAAACGGCGAAUUUCUGCGUUUGAUUUUCGAAACGCUGAUGUCGAACUUUUAUAACAUAUCAUCCGACAACGUCAUGCACAAACAUUCCAACUUGAUAACUUGGCUUAUAAAAACGUUACUUAAAGAAGGAAGAAAGUAUCCCAAAUGUAUUACGGAAAACAUUGUUCAAAUUUGUUCCCCGAGCAUCUUCGGAUGCUACAUAAAGGUACAUGAUCAUCAUCCGCAUAAGCUGCACACAGUUGACUUUAUCAGCGACGUAAUUAAAAGUCCUUACUAUGAGGAAGAUAAAUUCAUCAGGGAAAAAUUCCAAGCCGCUGUUUCUGCUGCAGUGCAAAAAUAUUUGACGACAAAUACGCAAUUUACAUUUGAGUUUAUACGAGCUGUCUUGUCGAUAAAGAAAAGCAUUAUAAUCAAUAUAUUUCCGCAAAUUGAUGCCAUCAUACUUUAUGCCGAACAAUAUCACCGACCCAAUGCGGCAUCUUUAAGAUUCAUGUCGAAUCAACUGAAAAAGCAUAUGCUGAAUAUAGACAGAAGUUCGUGACAGGAUCACAAACAUUUAUUAAUAAUAAUUUAAUAGGUAUUAAAUAAUUUAAAUAAUUACAAAUUUCGAUUCUCUAGACCUUUGAAUCAUCAGGUAUUAAUUAACAAAAACUCGAUUUCAAUGGACAUAAUUUCAUGUAACUAUUUCAAUGUACAGAAAUACAUAAGUUAGCCAAGUUCAUAUCCA